UGUUCUCUGAUUGGUCUGACUGUUAGUGUUAAGGAUUGGUAGCCAAUCAAUACAUGUUAUAAGUAGUUUCGCAUUGACUAUAUACCUUUGUCAGCUCUUGUUAUACAGGUUUACUGGAGAGAAAGUUUUUUCACAACAAACCAAAUCGUUUAUGAACAACUGGUUACCCGGAGGUAGUAUUCCAUAUACUCCAGAAGGUCUGGUUUUUCGUCAUGAAUGGGGCUCUCUCAGAUACUCGUCGUCAACAGCAUUUAUUGCACUAGUGGCAUCGGCUUAUGGAAUAAGGACAAUACCAUAUCAGAGUUGGGCAAAAGAACAGAUAGGAUACAUACUUGGUGAUACUGGCAAAAGCUACGUGGUUGGCUACGGUGACGACCCCCCUCAGCGCCCCCACCACAGAGCAAGUUCCUGUCCUUUGCCACCUCAAAAAUGCGGAUGGGGUAUCCAUGGUUACGCCUCUCCUGAUCCUAACCCACAUGUAUUAUAUGGGGCGAUGGUUGGUGGCCCUGACAAAUUGGACCAGUUUGCUGACUCGCGGUCUGAUUACAUGCACAAUGAGGUGGCUCUGGAUUUCAACGCUGGCUUCCAGUCAGCCAUUGCAGGACUGAAACACUUCCAGCUGAACACAUGAAGGCGCACUUCACGCUGGCAGAGUAUCAAGGACACACACACAGAUGACAUGGAUUUGGUUGAAUGAAGUACAACAUCCAACAUUGUUAAACCUACACCAUUACGUGUUCUAUACCUGCCACUUCAACGAAAUUGAAAUUUCAUAGCUAUGUUUUACUAUAUUACGUUAUUAAACUCACGAUUUAUAAUA